AACUAUUCCGAAUCUUAUGAUGAAUAUGGAAAAUAUGGGUCGUCUACGCAAGCCGGCCACUGCUGGUAGUAAUGAUACCCAACUGUUACUGAAAUCUUCUCCCAACAUAUUGGAAAAUUUUCCCUACGAGGAUUUCAAAUUGAAAUUGGAUCGUUCACAACCGAAACGAAUGACGUCACCACCAAUACGCCAUCAACAAUCCGCUGGCUCACGUUCAAAGUCACCUCUGUUUUGUGACACUCUGGAACGUCAUGCCUUCAUGCAAAAUGUCAUUAACACCAAGUCGAACACACGCAGCAACUAUGAUGUGCGCUAUUCAUCGCCCAGCCAAAAGGAGGCCACCGUAAGACGCAGUUUGGAAGAGAUUUCCAAAGAUAUCAAAGAAAUCGAAGACUUCCUCACGGUCACGGAACAUGUCCUGAAACAGGAGCGCGAAUUGGACAUCGAAAUGGAAAUGGAACAGAAAAAGAAAUGCAAAGCGAAUGGCAAUGGUAGUCCCAAUAAGGAGAACAAAUCUCCCUCGCCAACCGGCGGCAAUCGUUCGCGACGUAACUCCAGUAAAUCGGUGACCUAUAAGAUCAAUUCAUUUCGCAAUCGUAAAAAGAAAUGUGGAUCACCGAGGUUUCUCAAUUCACGUUUGUAUUUUCGCAAUGGCCGUAUAGGGUGUUUGGAAGCUGAGAAUGCCACCUCCAAUGUGGAAAGUACCCAUGCAUUGGUCAAGCACAUUCUAAAGUAUGAAAACGAGAAGCCACUGGUGAGUCCGGAAAGUGUGAGCAGGGUAUUAAAUGGUGGUCCAAGAGAUUCACCUCCAAGAAAAUUAUCAACCAUAAGUUCCAAUCAUGUCCCUCUGCCAGGACAAGUUUCGGAAAAUCCCAAUGGCCGAGAAGAAUCAUUUGAAAUGCAACCUCUACAGGAUGUCAUAUCAAAGGCAGCUGGAAAAGUUCUGCUCGACCAUGGAGACUCAGGAGUUCAUAACUCCCCUCAAACAGAAAGUUUUGGUUCUAAUAGCCAGCCCUUGGUGGAUGAAGAUGAACAGGAUGUGCAGAUUUGUUACGAUGAGUUACCGGAGCUGCCCAAUGAAGAACAAAAUAUGGGUGCUCUUAUGGACAGUGAACUGGAUGUCAAUGACUGCGAAGUGCCGGCACAUGUGAUUAUUAAUCGUUUAUCGAGUGCCGAUAGUUUAGAUUCGGAUGGUCAACAAUUUCUGAGGGACCAAGUUCGGCACCUGGUGAGGCGAUUCACAGCACGAGCUAAUAAAAUGAAGACGCGCCUCGAAAUGCCACCCACACCCAGCAGCAGUGCUUCUUCGCCAUCUCCACCGCCACCACCCAUUCAGCCCAAACCGCACAUGACUUCUUUGCUUCACAGGGGCCACGAGUCGCCAGCAAAGAAGCAUCCAACACCGGCACACACUCCGAAUAAAAAACCUCUUUUUGUUGCCGACAAUCCCCGUUCCAAUGUUUGGCUUUGUUCUAGUCUCUGCAGCACGGAUGAUCAGAAGACAUUAGAUCCGCAAGGAACUCUGUACAUCUCAUGGUUAUGUGUGGUCUCAAUUUCAUUUCUUUAUAAUGCCUGGGUAAUACCGUUGCGGUCCACGUUUCCAUUUCAAACGCCGGAAAAUACCAACACUUGGCUUAUUUUGGAUUUUUGUGCUGACAUUGUCUAUCUGGUGGAUGUGGUGUUCUUCAAGCAUCGUAUUAUGUAUCUCUUCGAAGGGUUUUGGGUAAAGGAUAAAAAUCUGACACGCAAGAAUUACAUGAGGAAACUGCAGUUUAAGUUGGACUUAUUGGCCCUACUACCAUUGGAGUUGCUGUACUUCAAAUAUGGAACAAAAGCUGUUUACUUGAGAUUCCCACGUUUCCUCAAGAUUCAAAGUUUUUGGGAGUUCUUUAAGCUGCUGGAUCGUGUAAUUUCUUCGCCACAUAUUGUUCGCAUAGCCAAGACACUUUUGUAUAUGCUGUACAUGAUACACUUGACGGCAACAUUUUAUUAUGCCUACAGUGUUUAUGAAGGUCUUGGAACCAAUCGCUGGGUAUUCAAUGGUAAAGGGCAUCCAUAUGUACGCUGUUUUGCUUUUGCCACAAAAACUGCAACAUCCAUUGGUAAAAAUCCCAAACCGGAACAUGAAGGUGAAUAUCUUUUCAUGACAGCUGCCUGGCUGAUGGGUGUUUUCGUUUUCGCCUUGCUUAUUGGUCAAAUAAGAGAUAUCAUAUCGACAGCAACUCGGACCAAAAAUGAAUAUCGCCAGCUGGAAGAUGAAACCCUGGAAUAUUUGAGACGUCUGAAUCUACCUCAAGAAGUACAGAAGAGAGUUCAAAUGUGGUUUAAAUUCACCUGGGAUCAGCAACGUACCCUCGAUGAAUCCAACAUUUUGGAUUCCCUGCCCAUUAAUUUGAAAACCGAUAUAGCCAUCUCGGUGCACAUACAGACCUUGUCUAAAGUGCAACUUUUUGCCGACUGUGAAGAGGCCCUGCUCCGUGAUUUGGUAUUGAAACUAAGAGCUGUUACCUUCCUACCCGGUGAUUAUGUUUGCCGCAAGGGCGAAGUGGGACGCGAGAUGUACAUUAUUAAAUUGGGACAGGUGCAGGUGAUGGGUGGACCCAACCAUGACACAGUCCUCGCUACGCUAUACGAAGGUUCAGUAUUUGGUGAAAUUAGUUUACUGGGUAUCAAUGGCGCCGAUCGCCGAACCGCAGAUGUACGAUCUAAAGGUUAUGCAAAUCUAUUUGUUCUUUCCAAAUCGGAUCUCAACGAAGUCAUUGCCUAUUAUCCCAAUGCCCAAUCGAUUCUUAAGAAGAGAGCUCGAGCCCUCAUGCGUAAGAAUGCGGCACGCGAAAAGGAGGAACGAGCUCGAAGUGCCGAACAAGCCGAUGUGGUUAUUGGAAAUCCAAAAACACCUGAAAAUCCUCCGAAACUUUUGCAAACCGUUAUACAGGCAUUACCCUAUGAAUCGCCGGCUGUUAUGCUCAUUACACGUGGCUCGAAGCGUAUGCGUAAAAAACGUCACUCCGUCAAAAUGGAAACCAUUGAAGAUCGAGAAGUCGAAGAAAUCAAUGAAGGACUGAAUCAUACUAAAGCAAGAGAUAGUUUUAUGUUACCACGUGAUUCAAAAUCAUAUUCACCGGAUUUGUUAUCUUCAAUACAACGCGAGUUGGAGAAUAAAAAUCAAUUUAUAAAUUUAACGGAUUCGGAAAAAGCUUUGAUCAUUUCAACAUCUAGUCAUGAUUCGGUACGAGUUGAGGAUAUUGAAGAGUAUGGAAAGUGA